UACCUACAUUUGUUUUGAUUUGCUGAUUGGCUAAUUUUGAUUUUCGUUUCGCCAAUAAAAAUCGAGCCAAUCACAGACCAGAAUUGAAACUCAGAACGAAAACGAAACCGGUAACGUAUAAAGUGUUUCCUUCAAAAAGCGUGAGUUGUGUUUGUGCUCGUUGCAUUUAAGCAUUCCCUACUGAAGUAGGAGAUAGACCUACGACAUACGUGUACCUCUAGUACGGUUAUUGACCGGAUACGGACGUUAAUAACCACGAGGAGGAUACACUGAUUUGUUCAACGGAUAAUACUUUUAUAACAAAUCAAAACCCAUGUACAGAAUAAUACGUUUAUUAUAAUUAAUAUCUGUACAAUUACAUAAACAUACAUGUAUUAUUCUCUUCAGCGUUACUCAAUAAGACCGACACCAAUUAUUCUCAUUACCGUUCUCGGCUCGAAGCACUGGACGGAUUUAGGAAUAGUAGCAUCAGAUCACAAGAGCCAACACUGGGCAACUUUUGGUAGCCCAGCUUCUUCUAUAUAUAUUGAUCGGAUACGUAACUCAUCUGCGAGAAGCGUUCCGGCGCAGUACGUAGCGGUUCCCUGCACGCCCCCUACCCACUACAUUGCCCCCCGAGCCGUCCAAGGGGUCACCUUGAAUCGGCGCGGAAACCACGCAGCGGGGGAAGGGGGGUGCCACCGAUCCUACUUUUCAAUCAGAGGCCGGAUAGCCAAAGAUUUACAAGUAGGGCGUACUUUCCCUAGACCAAUUUUUACAACAAAUAUCGAAAGAUGGAGAGACUCGGUUCAAAGAACCCCCUACUUUAAUUCUAAUUUCAUUAAAACAAUAAAAAAUUCUUAAUACUAAGUAUAAAAUAACAAAAAAUUGGCAAAAACGCCGGUCAAUUAAAAAAAAUGAAAAACAUUACAACAUAGUUAAAAAUAUCGACUGUACACAGCGCUAUAGUAGCGUCACGAAAAAAAAUGAAGGUUGGCAGCAGUGGCCGAAAAUCAAACAACAACAGCAUCGUGUUUGUAAACACGACGACGGUAAAAAAUGGUUGACAAUUCCAGAAUUUACAAUUUUUUAUUAAAUUUUGAGUUUUUUACCCUACAAAUUCUCGCUUAAAUGCGGUAACUGCAAAGGACGAUGUUGUCGACGAUGUUUUUCGACGCUGGAUACGAUGACCGGCCACUCAAUCGCAUAUUUCAGGAUGACUCAUCUCACUACUCAUUGCUGCUGGUAUUUUAUCAAUGUGUAGUGGGUAGGGGGCGUGCAGGGAACCGCUACGUACUGCGCCGGAACGCUUCUCGCAGAUGAGUUACGUAUCCGAUCAAUAUAUAUAGAAGAAGCUGGGCUACCAAAAGUUGCCCAGUGUUGGCUCUUGUGAUCUGAUGCUACUAUUCCUAAAUCCGUCCAGUGCUUCGAGCCGAGAACGGUAAUGAGAAUAAUUGGUGUCGGUCUUAUUGAGUAACGCUGAAGAGAAUAAUACAUGUAUGUUUAUGUAAUUGUACAGAUAUUAAUUAUAAUAAACGUAUUAUUCUGUACAUGGGUUUUGAUUUGUUAUAAAAGUAUUAUCCGUUGAACAAAUCAGUGUAUCCUCCUCGUGGUUAUUAACGUCCGUAUCCGGUCAAUAACCGUACUAGAGGUACACGUAUGUCGUAGGUCUACCUCCUACUUCAUUGGCGCUCGACAAAGGCACGGAUUUAUUUUUUACAAAUUAAUGAAUUUGUUGAGAAAAUCGCCCACGAUUAAUAAAAAAUUAAUCCAACAACGUGAGGCUUAAAAAAUCAAAGUAUAUUUGAUAAAGUAUUAUUUCUUUGCAAUAAAAACGCAAAAAUAUCCGAACAAGAAUUUAUUCUUGAAAUUGAACAAUUAAAAAAUUAAUCAAAAACGGAUAAAAAUAAUACCCCGCGUCGUUUUUUAGUGGAAGAUUCAAGUCCUGCUAGAAUCACUCCACCACAAAUUCGUAGGCACCGUAGUAAUCUUUUGAUUGAUAAAUCGCUACCUAUAUACGUAAAAACCAGAAAAAAUAAAAUCAAAAUGGUUUCUCAACAGGAGUUUAGUGAUUUUAAAACAUUAAUCGAAGACCAGAUUAAGAAGCAAUUCGAAGAUAAAGCAACUGAGCUAGAGACUAAUUACAAGACCAAAUUAGAUGAGAAGGUAAAAGAAAUCGAAGCUACCUAUCUAGCAAAACACAAUGAAAAAGUGAAAGAGUUGGAAUCUUCGGUUGAUAAAUCUGUCAACGAAUUAAUGGGAAAAUGGUGUACUGAAACGAAUAAAGACGUAGGCGAAGCAAUAGUAUCUUUUAAAAAUUCUAUCAUCGACGAAUUAAAAACUGAAAGUACUACUAUGUGGCAAAACAAUGAACAAGAAAUGAAAAAGACCGUAGAUAUCUUGUUGAAAGGUGCUGAAGCGAGAGUGGCACAGGCAGGAGGAGAGAAAUCCUCAUCUGAAUUGGUCUUUAUUGAACUUUUCAGGAAAAGUGCUACGAUGUUCACUCAGAAAAUGAUACACCACCCGGUCAGAUUUGUUAAACAAUUUCAAACAAAAGAGAUUGAGCAAAACCUAAGCCCUGUAAAUCGUCGCAUGUUAUUUAUUUCUUGUGUAGAGUAUAAAACACAAGCUUGGGAAACCAAAAUUCAAGAAGGGGAAGAAUUAGAAAAAUUAAUACCGCAAUUUUUAAAUCUAUAUUGGGACCAAACGGCGAAACAAUCCGCCAUUGAGUACUUUAGAACCGAUAAUGUCGAAAAAAUAAAAACAAUGGCCGACUAUAUCGAAUAUUUUUCUAUGUGGUAUGAUACGUUAGCGGCUACCAAACUAACAGCCGAGCAAAUCAUUGAUAAAAUUCUCGAAAAAAUCCCCCAUGCAAUCCAAAAUAAAAUGAACCUCGAAGAGUUGAAUACUAAGGAAGACCUCGUGAAGAAACUUACUGUGGCAAAGAAAUCAGUGACUGAUGAAUAUCUAGCUAUGUACGUUCAUUCGACGAAAUACGUACAUACAAAUUUCCAUCGGAAAACGGAUCCCCAAGUAACAGAAGAAGCCAGAGAAAUUCAACAAGAGAAACCAAGAGUUUCAAAUUACAAAGGUAAAAAUUUUAUACCCAAUUUCCACGAGGUACGAGUUAGAAAUUUUAACUAUCGAGGAAGAGGAAAUUAUGGAUCGUAUGUACCGGAUUCACAAUGGAGAAAACCCCCUCCAAAAUUCAAUUCAACCGGUCAAGGUGCUAGAGGCGAUUUAAGCAUUCAAAAUAUGCAAAAUGGUACCCCCCAAAAUCAAGCACCUCAAGCACCAAACUCCCAAUCAAUUCCCCAACCAACCCCAGAGCAACUUUUUUAUCAAAAUUCUAAGCCUGGGGGUUCAAAAAACGGAAAUUGACGAUGUAUGUGGUCAAACAGACUGCAACGAGAGGUGGGGGUAGGACGUAUAAAAUAAAAAAUGAAAUAUACGACCGAAUAGGAGAAGGCGCAGUGGCAAAUCGAAUUUCAAACAACCGAACAAUUGAGCAGCAUUGGCUGCAUAUUAAGAAAAUGAAAAAUUUCAACAAAAAUGUAAUUUUAUCGAUUGGGGAGGACGAAGUCAACGAUCUCUUUGCCCCCUUCGCCUACAUUGAAGAAUAUAUGGUCGAUACUAUCGACCAUAUACGCGAAAAUGGCGGUGAAAACAUCUAUGUUAAUUUUCCUAUACUGUUACCCUAUGUAAAAGAGAGAAAAAACGCGAAAACGUUGAAAAGAUAUCUUGCUUUUCGCAGAUUGUUUCAAAAAAUCACUCAAAUUACAAAAACCCACCUCCUAACAUCUCAAGCUGAUAUGUUUCUUCGUAAAAAUCAAGCUAACGCGAUCGAAAAAACCGAAUUUGGAAACGUAAAAAUUAAUAGGCACCUAUUUGAGAAAAAUCAUCGAUCAAAUAAACCACCUAUGAAAAAAUACAUGUUAAAACCAUGCCAUGUAGCAAUGGUUCGCGAAGUAGAACAAAUUAUCGAGGGUUGAGAGAUCGAACAAAUCGAUUAUGAAAUUUUACUCGCGAAGUUAGACUCCCAAAAUCGAAGAAAAAAGAAUAAAAAUAAAAAAUGUAAAAAUUCGAAAAAAGUAGUUCCAAAAAAUGCUACGACCUUAAACUCCAAGACGCAAAUUUUCGAAAAUUCAAAAUACAAGGACCAAGGAGGGGAAUACAUGGAAAGACAACAACAACAAAAUGCAAAAUCAAGCGAAAAACACGUCGAUAAAAAUGCACAAAAUAAUAUUGCAACUCAAACGAGCGUAUCAAAUACACCUAAAAUAGUAAUAACACCACCGAUCGAUUCAUUUGAACAGCCGACGUCUUCAAUUCCAGUGGCCAAUUCAGGAGUGGCAAAUUCCACUCGGCAGCAAACAAACGAACCAUUCUCGUUCACAAAAUGCAUGGAAGAGUUCGAAGCAGCUGAAAAAGAAAAAAAGAAGCAAACCAAUAACAAAACAUCAAAUAAAGCAGUACAGACCGAUAAUAUAUUCGAGUCACCUCAACAAGUACUAGUAGCUGAAGUUGAAAAAACCCAAGUUGACAGCAACACCAGCAGCGAUCUUCCAGCUGACCAAAAAUCAGCAAAUUCUGCGGAAUCUGAAAAAAAUAAAGAAGAAGAUGAACCACCUAACACGUGUGUAAUCAAAUGGAAAAUUGGAAGUGAAAAAUUCUGCGGUUUGUUAGAUACAGGGGCAGAAGUAAAUUUAAUUAGCGAAAGAAUGAUGCAAGUUAUUGAGAAAAGACAAAAAGAAUCGAUCGAAUAUGCAAUUCCAAAGCAUAGGGUAGUAAUUACUGUGGCAAAUGGGGAAAAAGAAAAUACAUUCCCAUUUUCUGUAAAUAUUAAAAUGUAUUUUAAAGAUAUCGAAUGUGUAAUUCCAUUUUACAUCGUAAAAACCCUUCCUUGUGGAUUCCUAAUUGGUAGAGAUACCAUGAA